AUGAAAAAAGGGCAUAUUAACCGUGAACCACUUGGUGAUGUUAUUUUUACCAAUGCAAGACUGCCUCCCGCGGGGCCGUUCAACUCCGUUGCGCAGCUUCACGACUGGCUGACAAUGGCAAUAAAAACACGCAUCCGCCCUCUCUGGCCAGGCAAAGAACUGUCCGAAAUCCCAGACCCUUAUCGAAGUAUGCUACCAGAUGAUGCGAAGGUUGUUUUUACCCACAGUGAUCUUCAUCCAAGCAAUAUCAUGGUCUCUGAAACCUCUAAUAAGAUAAUUGCGGUUAUUGACUGGCGGCAAUCAGGCUGGUAUCCUGAUUACUGGGAGUUUUGCAAAGCCGAAUACACAGCCGAAGUAUAUGGUGAAUGGAUGAACACCUACAUUCCAAUCUUUCUCAAAGAACCCGAAUGUCUCGACGCCUGGGAGUUUUAUCCGAGAUUCUUCGGACACUGA